AUUGAUUCUCCCGGGUAGGUCGGCAGCUAGUACGGCUGCCCAAAGCAACCAGUAUGCCGUUAUCUGGAAACCUCGACCUGGCCGUAAAAGCUCUGCUUCAGGGUCGAGUUGGAGUCGUACUUGGCUGAUCACUGGAAGAAUGAAGAUGAGACAUGACGGAACACAGAGGCACGUCCUUUUUUCAUUCCUGCGUCAAAGUACCAGUAGAUCCUUGUAGCCGACAACCAACUCCUUCAUAUGAGCGUCCUCGAGUGCCUAGAAGUCAAAGAAUGGAGAAGGGUAAGAAGAUCAACUUUGCAAAGAACGAGCAAGCCGCUAUCGAAAAUUCAGAGUCUUCGAGCCCGCGUGACACUCUAGAAAACUUUCUCGAGUUUCUGGAAAGCAUACCGGACUACGGGCAGGUGCACCACCUGUCGAAUGAGCAGUUCAAGCAGAAAGUGGAGUACUUGAGGAGGAAACAGCGAUUGUUGUUGCAAAAUCUGAAGAACUCGUUUGACGAUACCGCCAUCGUAGACAACCCGCCAUCACGAUUGUCGAUCUCGAGAAACGACAGCUCGAGAUCGAAAGACAAGCCGGACGUUGGCGAUCUCAAGUUGAACGGCAAGAAGUGCUACCUGGAAGAGUCCAGGACCAACAGUCCAAUACUGUUCCCUUCCGGCACCUUCGCUGGUCUCGCCGAGGAUCAAGAUCUGCUGACAUAUAGAUGUAGGGACAAAGACAAGGAGACGAAGACGAUGCGCAACAAGGAAAUAUAUUCGGCUAACAAGAGUUGGAGUACAUGGAGCGAGUCGAAGAGCAAUGACAGUUUAAACAGCGAUGGCGAGGAUAGUAUAGAAACCAAGAGUUUGCCGCCUAACAACUCAAAAGAAUGGCAUCCUACGGUGCCGAAGCCGUUCAAUUUCACACUGAGAGAAGAGGCGGAAAAGUACAUGACGGAAGUUGAGACGGCCAUGCAUACGAAUCAAGAUAACGAGAAAAAAAGUCCUUCGAAGAAACGACGAGUCAGACCAAUUCCUAUCACGUCCAAGAUACCGCUUUACGAUAAAUUAAUGGCUGAAAAGGAAGAACGAAGUCGCAUUGUGCGCGAGGAGAGCAUGCUAAACUUGUUGUCCCAAGUGCGACCUUUUAAGUUAGAGUGCGAUCGCCGUGCUUGGCGAUCUUUGGCGAGGUCCAGUCCUGAACUCGGCGGCAAAAGCAGCCGCGCAAGCUCGCGCUUCAAGGCCAAACCGGUACCAAGAAACCUGUUUGAUACUGAAAUUUACGAUCGCAUGCUCGAGGACGAAUAUUACAGGCAGCUCAAGAAAAGAAUAAGGGCUGCCGAGCUGUUGAAGUCCUCUUCCUUGCCGCCGUCUAUGGCGAGACGCGAACGAGUCAAGUCCGCGUGUGCGCAUUUGCAAGACACAUCGAAGAAGGACGACGACGACGAGCUCGCCGUAGAUAACAGCGAAUAUUCACGACACAUUGACACUCCCGCGAUGUCCGACAGGGCCAGAUCCGCGAUCUCUAUGUUGUCCUCACACGGAAGCAAUCUAGCUGCGAUUCUGAGAUGUCAGGCCUCACGAGAGAAAUUGGAGCACGAGAUACGGGAGCGAAUGGAAGAGAAGCGGCGGGAACAAAUGCUGAAGAUCAGAGAGACGUUGAUCGGUCGUAAGCCCGCGUGGAGGGCUUUGAGAUCGGCUGCGAGGCACGAUCACGAGAGGGACUUGGACUUGCGAGCGUCUCUUCGUCGCGAUGAGGCGCGAGAACAGGCUGAACGUCAUCGUCUUCAGAUGGAGAUAAUGUUAGAUCGCGUGACGCAAAUACCUACCCUCUUUGAACGACAUUCUCAGAGCUUCCAGUCACUCGCGAAAAUGCAGCAGAAAACUUCGCCGAAGAGUGUCUAUCGGAAAAAGAAGAAGAAGAAGCCGCCGAAAAGACCUACGUCGAGCAGCCUGGAUUCGUAUCUGAGUUUCGUGAGUAACUACAGACCGAAUUCCGGAUCGUUGACUAGCUCUUCCGGAACUCUUGUGUCCUCAAGCCAGUCGUCAAAGUCGUCGUCCGCGUCACGAAGUUCUGAUAAAUCGGCGACUAAAUCAGAAGUCUCGAUGUCGAAGAAGAAGGCGGAUCGUGGUCCGCUGAAGGUAUCGAUUAAUGAAACGGCAGAACUGAUUGAAGAUCUUAACGAUGAGAAAUCAUCCAGCGACGAGCGAUCUCGCAGUGACGAACGUGAGGAUGUAUUGCAGAGCGACGACAACGAUAUCGCCGGAGAGUGAAUUGUAGCGGUAUUUUUAUUUAUUAUGACAUUUUACGUCAAAUUUUUUUUUUAACCGAAUAUGUUCUCUAAUAAAUGCACAGGAUUAUCCUUAAUGCACAGGAAAAUCCUUAAUCAAAAUUCUAUUGGACAUUUUUUUCUACAAUUUUUUACAAUACUUUUUAAAAAUAUUUUUAAAUAUUUUUGUAACUUUUAGAAGUAACAUGAAAAAAUUUUAAUAUAGAGUAAAACUAUAUA